GAGCGUGUGAGCGGGGGAGGAGGGGCUGGUGUGCAAGGCUGGAAAGCAAGCGAGCUGCGCGCGACGCUCAGCUGGCGCUAGCGGUCUCUCCUCAGGAUAAGAGAAUGGACUAUGAGGAGGGAAGCUAUGCAUCCUCAGCAGGAUCUGGCAUGUUGGACUUCACCUGUUAUGAGGACUUAAUGGGUAAAACUUCACCCAUGGAGUUGUCAGUCAUACCUAAUGCUGAUGAACAGCAGCAGGAGGUGGGGAUAUAUCAGCCUUUGAAAGUCUACUUGAGAGUUAGACCCUUCUCUAAAGCAGAACUUGAAAGCAACGAAUCUCAGGACUGUGUAAUUAUUGAAAAUCCAGAAACAGUAACUCUACAGGCACCCAAAGAAUCCUUUACAAUGAAAAACAGUGAAAAGGGGAUUGGACAGUCUGUACACCAGUUCACUUUCACUAAGGUCUUUGGUCCAGAAACUACUCAAAGUGACUUUUUUGAAGGCACAAUGAAAGAGAUAGUAAAAGCUUACGUUGAUGGAGCAAAUGGACUAGUGUUUACCUAUGGGGUUACUAAUGCAGGCAAAACAUACACUAUUCAAGGUUCUCCAAAAGAUGGUGGAAUUUUGCCUCGUUCUCUUGAUAUGAUCUUUCACCACAUAAGAGGAAGACAAUAUCUGAAAAUGAACUUGAAACCAUACUUAAGCAAUGAUGUAAAGAAGCUAGAUGUGACCCAGGUUAAACAAGAGGGAACUAUAAAAGCUGCUGUUCUUUCUUCUCUGAAAGAGGACAUAGAAGAUACUUCGAAAUCUAUAAUUCAGAGUGCUUCAUUAUGUAUCUUGGAUACUGUGUCUUCUAGCAGCUGUACUUCAACAAGUCUGCCUUCUGACCCGCUAGUGGAGGACUCAGUUUUACUUGACACUGAUGGGACUAAGCAUCAGAGAAUGCAGUCUUCAGUGUGGGUUUCCUUCUGUGAAAUUUAUAAUGAGUGUGUGUAUGACCUUAUGGAUGUAUUUGCUAUAUCAAAAAAUCAAAAACGCAAAGUUCUAAGGAUCUGUGAGGAUCAAGGAGGAAACUCUUAUAUAAAAGACUUAAAGUGGAUCAAUGUUCAGAGUACUGAAGAGGCUUGCAAAAUCCUAAAAAUAGGAAACAAGAACCGAAGCUUGGCUUGCACUAGAAUGAACCAGCACUCAAGUAGAAGUCACAGCAUAUUUUCUAUCCGACUACUAAGACUAAGUGAUGAGGCUGAGCCUCGUAUUCUUGGAGUUUCAGAAAUGUCUCUCUGUGACUUGGCUGGGUCUGAACGGUGCAAUAAGACGCAAGCUUUUGGAGACAGACUCAAAGAAGCAGGGAAUAUUAAUAAUUCUCUUUUUAUUCUUGGGAAAUGCAUUGCAGCACUGAAGCAGAAUCAGAAUCCUACUAUGAAACACAGCUAUAUUCCAUUCAGAGAGAGUAAACUCACCCGCCUGUUUCAACCAUUCUUCUGUGGUAAAGGCAAAGCUUGUAUGAUUGUCAACAUUAAUCAGUGUGCCUCCACUCACAGUGAGACAUUACACUUAAUGAAAUUUUCUGCUACAGCCAAACAGGUUAUUCAGACAAUCCACCCCCAAACCUUCGGAUAUUUUGCCCCAAAACUGGUUGGGAAGGAUGGCAAGCCUAUAGUACAUUUUGAUGCCAACAUAUCUGCUGAAGAGUUUCCCGAUGAAGAUAUCGAUACCUCCUCUGAAGAGGAAGUGGACAUCACUAUCAUGACCCAUGAGGAGCUCUUGAAAACUACUGAGAACCUGAAGGAGACACUAGUUGCAGAAAGGCAGAGUAAACUACUUCUUGAGGUGCAGAUACGUAAAGAGAUGGCAGAAGCCAUGUUUCAACAACUGUUGGAAACGGAGGAAACCUGGAGUAAACGCUUGGAAGAUGUGAGAGAAAGUUAUGAGGAAAAGUUGGAGAAUACAUUUGAAAUGUAUAAGGAAGCUAUAAAGAAACAUGCAUAUUUGUGUGCAAUGGAACAAGUUGAAGAUCACUAUGUUCCAAUAGAAGAGUUUGUAGCUGAACAAGAGAAAGUUGAGGACAGAGAUAAGAAAAUACUAGAGUUGCAACAAAAAUUUGUAGAGCGGUCAGAUGGAUUGUUGGCUUUGGGAAUCCCAAAUUCAGAUAUGUUGACUGCAGAGGACAAAGUAAAAUCAGAUCUUAAAUAUAAGGAGAUGCAGAGAACUACAGACGUAUUGCAGAGACAGUGCAAUGAGAAAGAUGAGCUUAUAAAAUCUCUAAAGUUUAAAAUACAAAAAUUAAAUGAAACCUUACAAGAAGCGAAUGAAGUCUGCAGAAAAGCAACUGAGGAAAACAAUAGACUGACACACGUGGUGAUGCUCAAGGAACAGGAGAUGAGAGGUCUUCAGAACUGGGCUAAACGUGUCCUUGAGCUUGAAGCUACAGUAUCUCUUCAGCAAGAAGAACUAGAUGAGAGGAAAAAGCACUUGUACUCAGAAGAGCUUAAGGAGCAAAAACCCAAGAGAGGCUUGUUUGCUAAUCUAAAGUCUACAGUAGCAGUCACUUCUAAAACACCUGUUGGCAAAACCUUGGGGAAAUCUAAAGACUCUCCAACCAUGUCAAGAAAACAAGCUACUUUUGCACGUAAAGUAAAAGAAUAACUAAUCCUUGCUGCAUUAACAUGUCUGUAUUGACAAGGCCCAUCAGCUGUAAUUUUGAACUGUUAGCAACAGCUGGAAUUUGGGUGGAGAAAAAAAGGCUAGUAUAGAUACAGACUUACCAUCAAUGUAACUGGGAGGAUAAGCUAUUAAUAGGAAUGACAACUUUCCUUCAGUCUCUGUCUUUAAUAACUAAAGACAUGUAAAUGUAAACCUAAAUUGGGAUUCUUGUGUAACUGUUGGUGUGGAGCUGUGAUCAUCUGCUCUGAAAAUACAGCAGGUAUGGAUUUCCACAUUGCAAGAGAAAAGGGUGCCUUGUGUCAAGGUUAGUGGUACAUUCCUGUCUUUUACUUUCCUUGUUUCUUUUAACACUUCCAAUGCUCAAAAUGGCAUUUGCGCUCGACCAAACAGCUUGUUCACUUUCACUGUUUCAUUAGCUAGUAGAUAUUGUUGGUAGAGGAGCUGGCUUCCUCACAUUUAAUCUUCUGCUUGAUUUGAAUUGAACUAGUAAUCUAUACUUGAUGUCAGUUUACUGUGGAAUUAAAAUGAGAGUUGGUACUAUAUUUUCAUUUAAUAUAGUCAGAUGAUGGAGUGGCAAGGAGCCAUUUUAAAUACUUCUGUCAUACUCAUGAUUGUCUUAGUUUGGAAAGGAAUGUGUCUAUUUGAAAAUCCCUCACUGAAUUGUGUAUGCAGUAGACUUCUUAAAAUGUACUUCUAAUAAAGCUUGGGUUUUUUCAAGUCAAUUACAUAUUAGAUCAUUUUAAGAUUUGGUGUUAAAUGGUGAUUGUAUCAUCAGAUACAACUUGCUUUGUCCUGCGAGUCCCUGUGUCUUGUCUUUUUGUUUGUAUUGAAGUAUGAUGCACUUGAAAUCAAAGUUUAGGAGCAAGAGGGCCAGUACCUCAUCUUAAAAGAAAACUGUCUAGAAAUUUAGUAAGGCUGGAACUGCAUGGUGACUAUAACCAGAAAUAGUUGUUUUAGCCAGAUAAUAGAAUAACUCCUUCAGAAAUGUGUGCCAGUCACAAGGUAGUAGGAGUUGAGCAAUUGCCUUUGCAUGGUUUAAUAGUGGCUGAUUUUGUUGUGCUAUAUUGUCAGCAUUACGCAGCUAUGUAUAGGAAUCCUUGAGUCAGGUAAGAGGUUUUUUGGCAAGUUCUCAGCUUUCAAGCAGUGCCACACAGAAAACUAGCAAUGAUCAAAGUGAUAUUUUGGUGUCAGUGGGGAUGGUGGAUGUAAAAGUGUUUUGAUUUGGGAUUAGCCAUACCCCCUAACUAGAAUGUAUUAUCUGAGUUGCUAAAUUAUGCAGCAGGUUGAUUAUGUAGGAAUUAAGCAAUACGUUAGUUGAAUCAUGAAACGGGGUUUCAAGCAAAGGAAGUUGAAUAGUUGGAGAGUUAGGUGAGUAGUGUGCAUUCUUGUGGUCAGAGAAACCUGGGCUUGCAAAACCAUAGCCUGUAUCUUUGGAGUACAAAGAUUAGAGGUGUUUGAAGUUUAUACAGCUCAAAAAACCCACCUCUUGACUGAGGCCAUAUUUACAGGGACUAGGGGCAUAAUCCUGUACUAUAGAGGCAGCCUACAGUGAGUUUUAUUUUUCAUUGUUGUAAGAACUCUGUUCUCAUGUAGCAGUAACUAGGUAGAGAGAGAGGCAUUCUUUCCUCAAUGUAGCUGCAUCUACACAGGGGCUAGGUUGGCAUAGCUAUGGUGUCAGGGGUGUCAAUUUUUCACACCCCUGAAUUCUGUAAUUGUUGAUCAAUGUUUUUAAAGCAUAGACCAGACCGGAGUUAGAGGUUGUCACUAACAUUGUGAAACACUAGAUGGAGCAGCAUUACUAUUGCAACACUCAGACUAUCAUGUUCCUGUAAUUCAAAGCCCUGGUCUUGAAAUUUCCUCUUUCCUUUCAGUACCAAAUACUCCUAACUGGCUUAGUGAGUGUUUCAGUCUGUUUAAAACUCACACCAAUGUGUACUCAGGGACUUCAUAUAAACAUGUACAUUCCACUAGGAAUUGGGAUUUUCUGAUCUAGGAAGCACGAGUUACUCUCCCAAAAAGCAAUAUCCAAUGGGGUUAUUUGUCCUAUCAAAACAGGUAUUUGCUGGUUUAUAAAUGGACUUAUCACAACCAUGGCAAAUUCCAAAGAAACAGCCUUCUGGUAGCUUGAACACCAUCUGGAUCAAGCUCUAGCUUAGUCCUUAAACUGAAUAUCCAGCCAGACCACCUUAUGUCCUUCACUGGCACUCAAGACAAGAUCAGAAAUGAGGAUAAUAAAUGGAGGUUCUCAUUUUAAAUACUUCUGUUUAUUACAGUAAUCUGAUAACAUGAAUAGGAACCUUGAUAAAUCCCAGUCAUAGAUUUCAGUUUAGAUAUUCCCCCCCCACCCCACUCCCAAACAUUACAUAAAAUAUGGCUUAAGUUAAACCAAAUAUGCUUCCAUCUUUCACCUACUUUUGAACAAGUAACGGUACAGUUCAUCACACCUGCAUUUCUCAAUGCUGCACUAGCUCUGCAAACACAUAAUGAAUUUUGAUCCAGUGUAUGGCUCCUAGACUUUUUCUGCAACUAAGAUGACUUAGCAUUUCCAAAUGCUAACUUAAAUUUUGCAAGUGUUCAGGCUUUCCUAAAUGUUUCAGUACACAGCGGUGCCUAUUGGCACUGUAGAAGAUAGAGGUUUUGGCAGCUAUUUUGGAAUUGACUACUGAGGUGGGUAGUUCAGAAUUGUAGGAUAAGAACCACUUUGCUGAAUAUUUUAGCAGAAAUAUCCAGCUGUGAAAUGGCUGUCUUGAGAUUUCUGAACUGCUCCUCUGAGAUGAAUGGGUAUAAAGCAAGAUUAAUUUAAGUGAUGCUAUACAAAACAAAAAUAGUUCUUUUGGUUAACAUCUGAACACUGACACGGUCUGAUCCUGCAUUCCUUGUACACAGAAAACUGUCAGCCUGGCCUAUAAAGUGGCUACUUACUGUAAUGUUGCAGGACAAACUACUAUGGUACAACUUUAAAUUUAAAGUUUGUUUAUUAAAAUA